GUGUAAGGGUUUCUCUCAAAUAUUUGAGUACACGAUACCUUUUUCGCGUUGAUGCUCACCGCAGUUUACUUCUCUAGCAUUGGCUGUGGCACAACGACUGGUAAAGCUUGACUGUUAAGAUGUGCAGUUACAUCAUUCGGGCGCUUCUAUCAAGGUCCCACAGUGGCAACUGCUGCCGUUAAUCGGGAAUGAUAUGGCACAGCUCUGCAUAUGAGGACCUUUCCAGUCAGUAUUAACCGCCCUGCUUUUUGUUUCACAGGUUAACGUUCGCACACUGAGCGCUUUUGGUGUUUCUAUAAGAGCGAGAUGUUGAUAUGAUCCCAUAAUCCCCAUUCCAAUCAAGAGGGUCAACCUAUAGCCUCACUUGCCACCGUGACAAGAUGCCGGGUCAAAAUGUUGGUGUCCAAUUACCGGCAAAUGGCAAUGGCGCAGAGGCUCUAGAGCUUCCUCAGAACUUGAAACCAUUUGUAGAGACCAUGCAGUGUCCCCGUCCAUCACAGUCCCAGGGCGACGGGAUAGAUGCCAAAACCCGCUUCUGGGCCACCUAUACACGGGAAGCUACGGACCAUGACGGAGAGUUUCUUGAGAAGUAUCAGUCAGACAUGGAUAUCGUCCUUAUAUUCGCUGGUCUGUUUUCAGCCGUCAAUACGUCGUUUAUUGUAAACAUGCAGGCGAACCUCAGCCCUGAUCCAAUGAACACUACAAAUGUGUUGCUUGGAAUGCUACUCCAGGCUGCCAACCCGUCCUUCAUCCCACAGUCCAAUCUACCCUACGCGCCGUGGCAGGGACCUAGUACCUCAGUAAUCUGGGUCCAGUCGUUGAUUUACGCCAGUCUUUGCGCAAGCCUACUUGCCGCCCUUGGAGCCGUGCUAGGGAAGCAAUGGUUGAGCAACUUCAAACGCUCUAGCCGUGGUACCAUUGAUGAUCGGGGCCGACAAAGGCAGACGAAACUUGAUGGUCUUCGGACUUGGCAUUUCGAUGCUGUGUUGCAGUUCUUGCCCUCGCUCUUGCAGAUCUCUCUCCUCCUUUUUGGGGUUGCACUGUCCGCUAGCAUGUGGACAAUGUCAACCACAAUUGCUACCAUCAUCAUCACAUCCACAACGCUUGGCUUCACAUUCUAUCUAACAAUAGUCUUGGCAUCACUCAUGGCCUGCGGAUUGCCCUUUCCAGACACCAGGAUCAAUUACCCUUCGUGCUUUGGGUCGAAACGUCGGAAUUUCAGCAAAGUCUGUUUAAGUUUCGUGCUUUACAUCCCGUUCAAGAUUAUUUACACUCUGAACACUAUCUCGCAACAACUCACGCCUUCCGUCUUCGUCGCACAGCAAACAGAUGCUCCGUGUAUCAGGUGGAUCAUCGAAUCAUCCAGCGACCCCGAUAUCAUCACAACUGCGGCGAGCUUUGUUCCUGAGGUGGAAUGGCCACCCGAGCUUGACAUAUCCACUCUUCUCCUGCAACUUUUCGACACAUUUCUCGGUUGUUUCGAAAAUACCCACCACGAGCAACUGAUGCUUGUUCCACCUAGACGGGAACGUGCAAUCGCUUGCGGAAAGGCAUUCUUGCACCUGUACUUAGAGAGAAAGUCUUUCCUAAAUUCUGAAGACUCACCAUUCCCAGUCGCUGUCUGCGAAAAGGACAUCCGCAAGCUCAUAUGGGUACAUCACAGCGAUCAAGAGAUAUCAUUCAUUUGCUAUCUUGUUUUCGAGGUGGUCUUGGAUAGGGAUUCUCCAACACGCCUUCAUCAACCCAACAUACCGGACGCUUUUCUUUGCUGGAUGUCACAUCCACUCCUCCAUCGCCUCAAUGAUCUGCGCUACUCCUCCUUUUGGCACGAGCGAGCCCUGGAUGCCAUCGCAAGAAUUCUCGUAAACCCACUUCCUCCAAAAAAUGUACUUGCCAAUUGCUUUAUAGCUGGCAGAAUGCUCCUUGGUCAAUUUACCGACCGGGAUGCGAUUUUGAAGGUCACCAAAAGUUCCACCACUGCACUUGACAUUUUGCUAGAGCAUAUAAUGAAACAAGAGUCUCGUGAACAGUCCGCAAUCGUGCUGAGACUGCUAGAACCAUUAGGUGUGGUCCUCGAAUUAGAAGAGUACCGUCAAAUCGCACAACAUCGUCGUGUUGCGGAGUGGGGACUCGAAGUAUGCAAAACCUUCGUCAGGACUGCUAGUCAGAGCCAAAAUGCUCAGGACGCAAUCUGGAACGACGCUCGCACCGUGCUACACUUCACAGUUAUCGUGGCCGGUGAUGGUCCCAUUAACCAGGGCGAUGCAGGCCAAGCGUGGCAGCAGGGGCCAUCUCGGUUAUCGAUUCAAGAGCCCGUUGAUUGCGGUUGGCUCAUCGACUACAUCAUCUAUUACCACAAUUCUAAUCACAUCGCUGUCAUCGACGCUAUGAUAGCACUGAGCCAGUCACCUCACGUCAAGUUUAGUUCAUCCAGGACCCCAGCGCUGGUGGAAGUUAUAGUGUCUUCUCUAGGUUUAGAACAGCUGCCAGCCCUUCGAGAGGCCGCCCUCGGUGUCGCUCAUGCCUGCAGGAAGAUUAUCUUUGCUGACACUUAUAUGCCGGCCCAACUGUUUCCAGAUUUUUCCGCAGCUCUUCAUUCCACUCUUACCUACAGCGACUCACCACGACAACACCUGCUUUGUCUGAAAAUUUUGUAUUCUUGUGCCAAAAGUGAGGCAUGGAGGGCUCACAUGUUCGGGCAUGGAUAUCAUAGCAGCCAUCUCCAUAUCGCCAACACUUUCCCCUACCCUGAUGUUGAUCCUCUGUCAUCCGAACACCUUGCGCUCUACAUCAUUGCGAAUCUGCAAGUCAUGCAAGAAUUAUCUGACCAUCCACUUGACCUCCCGGACGCCAGUUCUUGCCAAAUGCUUGUCCAAAAGGCUUGGCAUUCUCAGGUUGUUCGACAGGCCGGAAGCUUGAAGGAGACCAUCGAGCAUCUUAGUGCCUUUACUAAGGACUGCUUAAAUGAAGGCAUGGUCCUUGGUACGGAGGAUUUGGUUUCUUCCAUCAGGCAGACUCUCGGUCAAUUAAGACUGGGCAGUUCUGACGUUCGAUUGACAAGUGCGGUGAAUGAUCUGAUGCUAUAUAUUACGGAUUCCAAUGGUUGACACUUAGUGUACUAAUCUGAUAUAUUUAUGUAACUCAGGUGUAGUAGUUUCUUUGUA